GUAAACGCAAAAUAGUAGCAAAGAAAUCGUCAAUCGUACUGGUUGUUCAUCCGGUAGUGUCGCAGCUCGUAAUUCUUGUGCACACUUGUAUUAGCUGCUUUUUCACUGCGGGUAUACGCUUUGCGGUUGAAUGAAACUUGUGCAGCACCAAAGUUCCCCGCCGACUCCGAUUUCGUCGUUUUGCUUGUACGUACAUACAAACAGAUGUGUAUUUUCUGGUUCUAUGUGAAAAGUAGACCACACUGCAGACACCGGAAGUGAUAUUUUUUUAUUGACAAAAUCGAAUUUCUUCAAAUGAAAAGUAUAAAAAGUGUUCGCAAGUAAUGUGGACCAAGAAGCUACGAGCAGUUAUUUUAAUUCAAAUGUUUUAAAUCAAAUUAUAUCGCUUAUUUCAACAAAUUGUGUUAUCCGCUCGUGUUAUUAAUGCAUUAAAUAAAUAAAAACAACGGCAACACUAAAGCACUAAAGUGUAGUGAAAUUUCCCUCGUGUAACGAACACGAUAUUGUACGGAACUGGAGAAUUAACGGAAUGCAUCUGAAAAAGAAAUACGAGGAAAGAGACGACCACAGUAUGGAACAUACAAGCAUUAGUUAUGGAUCCAACAUGGCCGAUAAUACACGCGAAGUACGAAUUGAAGAGCAAUUAAAAGUGAAAAUUGGAGAAGCUAAGAACCUGAGCAGUCGCAAUGCGGCGAACACCAGUUGCAGCACACAAGGCGUACGCGAUGUUUACUGCACAAUCGCACUUGAUCAGGAAGAAAUUUGUCGCACGCCCACCAUCGAACGCACAUUGGCGCCGUUUUUUGGCGAGGAGUAUCAGUUCAAAAUACCACGACGCUUCCGGUAUCUCUCCAUAUAUGUGUGGGAUCGUGAUCGACAUAUGAAACAAGACAAACCAAUUGGCAAAAUAGCGAUUAAACGCGAAGAACUGCAUAUGUACAAUCACAAGGAUAAUUGGUUUGCAUUGCGACCGGUUGAUUCGGAUUCCGAGGUGCAGGGUAUGGCUCACAUUGAGGUGCAAUAUGAUGAGUUGCCAGUACAUGAGCAACGUAUAAACCUAAUACGACCUAGCGAUUAUGAUCGCAGUGACAUUAUCGAAGAUAUUAGCCAUCAUCAUCACCAGCAUCAGGCGCAUCUGAAUGAUUACAAAGAGAAUAGUGAACUGAGUAAUAUACAACGUGGUUCCCUAAAAUCACCUGGCCUAUUCGGCACGCAUAACGAGCACAGCACGAAUUGGAAGAAUGUGAUGCCUAUGCGUUUUGCACGUGUUGCGGUCCGUUGUUUGGAAUGUGUUGAUUUGGCUAAAAAGAAUGGCACUUGUGAUCCGUAUGUUAUAUUUACUGCGACUUAUGCGAACAAACGGCAAGUGACGAGACGCACAAAAGUGCGUGAGAAAACCGUUAAUCCGGAAUUCGAUGAGACGGUGUACUUUCUUCACCGUAUAGAUGCUGAUAAUUCGACAACCAAGUCGAUUUCCUCACAUCAUGAUGCCAGUACAACGAACUCCAAUAAGGGUUAUACAAUUUAUCCGCUCGACGGUGCUGAACUCUGUGAGAUUUCCGUUGCUUUGUGGCACAAUUCUGCGGGCAUGGCCGAUAAAGUGUUCCUCGGUGAAGUAAAAAUACCCAUUUCAAGUAAGCAACAACAAAUCGUCGCCCAACAAUCAGCGUGGUAUUUUUUACAACCACGCUCCGCCAGUGCAACGAAUCGUUCAUUAUCGUCCACACCGCGUUCAUGUGCUACCCCACCUGGUACACGACUCAGUUGCGACAGCACGAUCGGUACGUUACGCCUCAAAUUACUUUAUACUGCUGAUCAUGUCUUCCCGCUGGCAACCUACGAUGACCUAAUGAACCUGCUAUUGGAGUCGGUCGACCAACGACCUAUCACUGUGUCCGCCGUCUCUAUACUAGGUGAGCUAGUGUCGUGUAAGACGGAUAUGGCGCAACCAUUGGUGAGACUCUUCACGCACACCGGCCGCAUUGCAUCGAUUAUCAAAGCUUUGGCUGACUAUGAAAUAUCCAACCUUACUGAUCCAACGACAAUUUUUCGCGGUAAUACGCUUGUUUCGAAGAUGAUGGACGAAGCUAUGCGACUAUCUGGACUGCCUUAUCUACAUCAAACACUGCGACCGGUGCUCGCCCAAAUAUUGGCGGAGAAGAAACCCUGCGAAAUAGAUCCAUCCAAAGUUAAGGAUCGGUCAGCAGUCGAUACAAAUUUAAAUCACCUGCAAGUUUAUGUUGAACGUGUAUUCGAUGCAAUUACGAAAAGUGCGGAGCGCUGUCCGAAGGUGCUCUGUCAGAUAUUUCACGAUUUGCGCGAAUGUGCUGGCCGACAUUUCCCACGUAAUCAUGAAGUGCGAUACUCAGUUGUAUCCGGUUUCAUAUUUUUACGUUUCUUUGCACCAGCCAUACUGGGUCCAAAGUUGUUCGAUUUAACGUCAGAACCACUUGAUCACCAAACGAAUCGUACGUUAACACUCAUUUCGAAAACGAUACAAUCACUUGGGAAUUUGGUGAGCUCACGUUCUUCACAGCAGCCAAACAAGGAAGAGUACACCGGUCAGCUGUAUAAGCGUUUCUACACGGAGAAGCAUGUGACGGCAGUUAAGCACUUCUUGGAGGUGAUUUCCACACCAGGCGAGGAUUGUCGACUGCAAGGAGAUGCAGCCAAUAUAUUGUUGCCAGUUGUGUGCCCUGCAGAUGGUACACUCGAACCAGUAUUACUUAAAGAGGGGAUGAUGACGAAAUAUCCACAGGGCCGUAAACGUUUCGGUCGUAGGCGUUUCAAGCAGCGUUACUUUCGUCUAACCACAAAAACCCUCAGCUAUGCCAAAUCAAAGGGCAAACAACCCAUCUGUGAUAUACCAUUGUCGGAGAUUGAGCGCGUCGAGCAGCUGAAUGAGAAGAGUUUUAAAAUGCAAAACUGUUUUAAGAUCAUACGUAAAGAGCGUUCGCUUAUUAUCCAGGCAACAAAUUGUGUGGAGGAGCGUGAAUGGGUCGAUUUGUUGCACAAGAUCUGCCUUACCAAUUCCAUCCGCAUGCAGUAUUUCCAUCCGUCCGCCUUUGUGAACGGCAUAUAUAGUUGUUGUUCGCGUUCGGACGAGAACGCGCCCGGCUGUCGCACUGUCUCCGCCGAAGCGAUCAAUUACUUUCAAAUGGAUCUUGUCACCUCACUCGAUCCUGCGCUUGAUCUACAACGCAUACACACGUUAAUUAUGUCACAUAUGACACAAUUGGUGGCACCGCUUGAUCCCAUUGCCUUUCAUCAUUUGCAGCAGGGCCACAAUCCACUUGCGCCCACCGCUUUGGCAUUGCAACAACAAUCGCCAGCCGCUUAUGUGGAAUUUAAAAACACAAUCGAACAACUGCGCAAAGUGGCAUACGCCAUCGAUCGCGAUCAUCGCAACUACAAAGCUGGCAUAGCGCGUGAGCUGAAGUACGGUAGUCGACAAGCGCCAAUUGGUGAUGACAACUAUUUGCAUAUGAUGCAUGCGGCCGGUCACUUCAAUUUACAACAACAUCAGCAGCAGCAGCAUCAACAACAACAACAACACCAGCAGCACCAACAACAAGUCGUAUUGCACACACAGCAGCCAGAGCAGCAGCAGCAACAACCGCAAGUUUUGCCACAAAUGCAACACGUGCGCGCAUAUCCGUACCAGCUAAAAUAGCUGAUGCAAUGGAAAAUGUGGCGCGUUGCACCGACUUUUCAGUGUUAGUAAAUAGGAGUAUGUAGUUUUAAUAUACCUAUGAGUAGUAGAAGAUAGACAAGAAGCGCUUCGCUUGGGACGUUAUGUACCUAAACACUUGAAAAGCAAUAGGUACUUACUUACCAAACAAAUUUAUUUAUGUAAAAUGGCAGCUAUAAGUGGGCAUGACGCUCAUUUCUUUUUUUUACCUAUGAAACUCAAUUCGUAAUGCGUCUGAUAAUCGUUAUAGUGUGCUGAUUUGGACAGAAGCCCACAAAGGUGUGCUGUUACAAGUUAUAGCGUAUAACUUAACCACUUCCCAGAAAUGUAACAUAAAUAUCAAGCAACCAAUACUACAAGCAAAAGUUCAAAUUCUGUAUAAAAAAUUAUGUUCUAAAUAUUUUUAUUAUAUAUAUAUAUACAUAUUUACGUAAAUCUAUUUAACAAAUACUUACUUUGUACGAAUUAUUAUUAAUAUACUAAAAUAUUCGCAUUCGUAUACGCAUGCGUAUGUACGUGUGAGACUAUUUAUUUUAUACAACGCUAUUAUAUAAAUAUAUACUUACUUAUUAUUACAUAAUUGUAUACAAAUUUUAAGUGAAAUUAGGCAAGAGUAUGCAACUACAAGCGUUAGUUCUAAAUUAAACGCUUUGUAGUCUGUUUGUAGAUAUACUUAUAUAUAUAGAAAUAUUUACAUAAGCUUGUACUACUUAUACGAGUACGUAGUAUAUAACUGGAUUUAUUUAUAAACUUAAAUUAGAAACUCUGGCUUAACAUACACUUUGCACCUCAAUUCACAGAGGUCAGCAGUGCAUAGUUGAAACAGAUAAGAAAUGAACUCCAAUUUACUGCAUUAUAUGCAAUGCUCCAAGCUAAAAAAAAAAAUAAAAUUUGUUCUGAAAAAAGGCUUUUGUAUAGUAACUGUUGAACUAGGAGAAAUCGAUAACUGUAAUGUAACAAUUAGUAACUGAAAUUAUACAAAUCCUUUAUACAAGCGUGUAGGGAAAUUGUAUAACAGACCAGAAUUAAUUAAUUAUAAACUAACUUAAUGAAGUUAAAGAAAGAACAGCACUAAACACUGCAACAACUCAACACAUAAGAUUCUGCAAAUAAGCUUUACUUUUCAGUGUUUAUUUUCAAAAAAAAAUGAAGGUUAAAUGUUGAACGAAUUUUUAUACAACGCUGUUAUACUAGAAUUCGAAUUAUAAAGAAUGUAUUGUAAAUUAAUUGUAACUUUAUUAUUAAAGAAAUUUGUUAUUUAUUUCCAACGUUUCUAAAUUAUUACUUACUUCAUUAUUUAAUGUUACUUGUUUCAAAUAUGAACAGUAUAUGUUAACACCAUGAAUUAUCAUAAAUUGUUAUUGGCCAGCAUAAACGUUUCCAUUAUAUACUGUAUAUACAUAUAUUUUAUACAGAGACAUUUAGUUAUAUGUUUAAAGACUGAAUGGUUGCAAGUGUCAAUGCACAUUAUAAAAAAAUAAAAAAAAAUGUGAAUGCUUAUUUGCAGAAAGUAAUCCGUAUGUGGAAUAGCAACAGGUUUCUAUAACUUUUUCGCACAUUUCAUAUUUCACUUAAUUUUUAAUACUAAAUCCUACAUCCAAACAAGCUCAUUUCAUUUACAUACAUAUUUUCAACGAAAAAAAAUCAACACCUACAUAUAAUUUAUUUUGUCGCUUACUUGCAUUUGAAAUUAAACUCCAGUUAACUUGUUGCUGUUCGUUGUACUUCCAAUGAAAAAUAAUACGUAGCUUCGCGUAAAUUUUCUUCACUUUAUUAAGGUCCUUUGAAAAACACUGUCUUCCCAUUUGUGUCUUCGCAUCGUAAUUUUUUUAUUUUCCAUACAACGAUUUUUUUUGUGCUUUUACCGUUUUCAUUCGUACUAAAGCAUUCCAUUCAUGCUGCAUACUUCCGUUUUCGUGGAAUACAAACUUACAUACAUAAUUGAAGAGUUAAAUAUAUGCAUAUUCAAUUGUAAAUUUUAAUUUCGCUUAAUUAUUUUUAAGAUUGUAUAUAUAUUAAUGCGAAACCUACACAGUAAAAAUCAUCAAUGUCGCAUUUACUAUUAACAUUGACAACGAUUACAUACACACACAAACAUACAUGCAUACGAAUAUUGCAUAAUUAGUGUAAGGAAAGAGCGCCAUAAAUUAGCGUUUAUAACAUAUAAUUGUAUUUAAAUGAAUACUUAAGCAUUUCUCGAUUAAUCACUUGUUCGUUUCAUGAAAAAACUUUUAGCAUUAAGUUACUCGUUUAUUAUUUAAUUAUUUGAAUUAGUUAAUUUUUGUCUAAUUACUUUCAGUUCAUGUAAAUUAUUACCGAAUUAGCAAGUUUUGCUUUUUACUAUUACAAUUAUAAUUAUAAUUAAAUAUCCAUUAUUAUUAUUAUUAUAUUAUUGAAGCAACGUUUUGUAUUAAUUUAAAAUAUGUUUAAGUUUGUAAUCGGUACAAAAUUUUUUUUAUUAAAGAAACUUCCAACUUGGCAUUUAUGACUAGUAAGAACGAAAACACAUUUUGUUUUAUUUUCAACAUAAAUCAUUACUAAGACUAUUAAAGUGCAUUUGGCUUACAUCCCCAGGCCUUACUUUAUAUACAAAUUACUUAUUUUGAGAAAUGAGCUAUUUUUUCUCAAUUCUUUAUGUAAUAGACUCAUUGUGAUUCCAUCUUAUAUGAAAAAAUACGCCAGUUAUAUAAGGUUGUUUUAGUGGAAAACGUGCUUCUGCUUACAAAAAUAUUUUUUAAUACAUAAUGCCAAAUACUCUUUUUUAUGUUUUUUUAUGGUUGUUUUACUAUCUAUUCGUAUUAGUUACCACUCUAAAGCACACAUUUUUAUUGGCUGGCUGGUUUGAAAAAUGUAUUUUUGAAUCACACCUAACAGCAACCUUAUAUAAUUGCAUCAUGAAUACACUAAACAUUUCGUAAAAUGUAAAUUAAAAACCCAUAUACCUACAUACCUAGUAUAGACAUAUAAAAAAGCAAUUUCUGAGUGGUAAUCGUUAUAGACAAUUAGAAAAAGUCUACAUGGGCUCUAGUAGUUUUUACAAGUAAGCCUCCCUUUACAAAAAAAUAAUGCAUAGCAAAAAAUUAGUGAAAAUUUGCAAAACAAUCGAUACAAAAUGCAAACUAUUUCUUAAACUAGCUGCAAGAAAUUAGAUUUAUUGGAGAAAAUAAAUGCAUAAAAUGUGUA